AUGGCGGGGCCGCGGGGCGCGCUGCUGGCCUGGUGCCGCCGCCAGUGCGAGGGCUACCGCGGCGUGGACGUCCGCGACCUGAGCAGCUCCUUCCGGGACGGCCUGGCCUUCUGCGCCAUCCUGCACCGGCACCGGCCCGACCUGCUAGAUUUUGAUUCACUUUCCAAGGACAAUGUCUUCGAGAAUAACCGUUUGGCCUUUGAAGUGGCUGAGAAGGAGCUGGGCAUCCCUGCUCUCCUGGACCCCAGUGACAUGGUCUCCAUGAGUGUCCCCGACUGCCUCAGCAUCAUGACCUACGUGUCCCAGUAUUACAACCACUUCGCCAGCUCUGGCCAAGGCAGUGUCUCACCACCCAGAAAGGGCCUGACACCCUCCUCCCCGCCAUCUACUCCCGUGGAACCAGGAGAUAAGGCUCAGGGCGAGGAGCUCUCCCCGGGGCACCUGUCGGAGCAGGGUGCCCACCGGGCCCCCAGCAGCGCGUGUGCAGCCUGCGGGCAGCACGUGCACCUGGUGCAGCGCUACCUGGCGGAGGGCAGGCUGUACCACCGGCACUGCUUCCGGUGUCGGCAGUGCUCCAGCACCCUGAUCCCCGGGGCUUACAGGAGUGGGCCUGAGGAGGGCACCUUCGUGUGUGCGGAGCAUUGUGCCAGGCUGGGCCCGGGCGGACGGUCAGGGGCCAAGCCCAGGUUCCCCCCACAGCCAAAGCAACAGCAAGAAGAAGCAAAAGAAGCAGAAGCAGCAGCCAAGGAUGUGGAGGGAGGCAGCCUUAGCCCUAGUGUGGCUGCUGGGACUGAGGCCGAGCCCCAGAUCCCCCCCAAGCCCUGUGUUCCAGACAAACCACAGGAUCUGGCCAGUCCCCAGGCUGGCCGCCCCAUGCCUGCCCCCCGGAAGGCCUUCGAGAGCCCUGCCCUGACGCCCCCGACGCCCCGGCCCCGGUCCAGUCUGCAGCCUGAGACCUUGGCGGAGCAGGGUAGCAGCAGCCUAGUGAACGGAAGACUGCACGAACCCCCCGUCCCCAAGCCGAGAGGGACGCCCAAGCUGUCCGAGAGGACGCCAGCCCCCAGGAAGGACCCUCCUUGGAUCGCACUGGUACAGGCAGAGCCAAAGAAGAAGCCAGCCCCUCUGCCCCCGAGCAGCAGCCCCCGGCCGCCAUGCAGGGACAGCAGGCAGGUGGAGAAUGGAGGCACAGAGGAGGUGGCCCCGAGGAGCCCGGCAGCAGCUGGACUGGAGCCCAAGCCCUACAACCCCUUUGAGGAGGAGGAGGAGGUGGAGGAACCCCCCGCUGCACCCAGUCUGGCCACUGGCCCUGUCCAGGUCCACCCGGAGUCCACACCCAAGUCCCUGCACCCCUGGUAUGGCAUCACCCCCACCAGCAGCCCCAAGACAAAAAAGCGCCCUGCCCCCCAAGCACCCAGCGCAUCCCCACUCGCCCUCCACGCCUCCCGCCUCUCACGCUCGGAGCCGCCCUCGGCUACCCCGUCGCCAGCCCUCAGUGUGGAGAGCCUGUCAUCCGAGGGCCCUAGCCAGACCGCCAGUGGGGGGCUUCUGGAGCCUCCAGCUGUGCCCAAGAGCUCCUCAGAGCCUGCUGUCCACGCUCCUGGCACUCCUGGGACCUCUGCCAGCCUCUCUGCCAACUCCUCCCUGUCCUCCUCUGGGGACACCAUGGACCGGAUGCCUCAAGCCAGCCCUGGCCUUGCCCGCAAUAGUAGGGGCAGCUCAGGGCCCCAGCCAGCCAAGCCCUGCAGUGGUGCUGCCCCCACCCCUCUCUUGUUGGUGGGAGACAAGCUCCCCGUGCCUUUCCCCGGCAGCGCCUCCCCGCAGCUCCAGGUGAAGUCUUCCUGCAAGGAGAAUCCUUUUAACCGCAAAGCAUCACCCACAGCGUCCCCAGCCACCAAGAAAGCCACCAAGGGAUCCAAGCCAGCGAGGCCACCGGCCCCAGGACACGGCUUCCCACUCAUCAAGCGCAAGGUCCAGGCUGACCAGUACAUCCCCGAGGAGGACAUUCACCAAGAGGUGGACACCAUUGAGCGCCAACUGGAUGCCCUGGAACUCCGUGGGGUUCUGCUGGAGGAGAAACUGCGUGGUGGCAUGAAUGAGGGCCGUGAGGACGACAUGCUGGUGGACUGGUUCAAGCUCAUCCACGAGAAGCACCUGCUGGUGCGGCGGGAGUCCGAGCUCAUCUACGUCUUCAAGCAGCAGAACCUGGAGCAGCGUCAGGCCGAUGUGGAGUAUGAGCUCCGGUGCCUUCUCAACAAGCCGGAGAAGGACUGGACAGAGGAGGACCGGGGCCGGGAGAAGGUGCUGAUGCAGGAAAUCGUGAACCUCAUCGAGCAGCGCAAUGCCAUCGUCAACUGCCUGGAUGAGGACCGGCAGAGGGAGGAAGAGGAAGAUAAGAUGUUGGAAGCCAUGAUCAGGAAGAAAGAGUUCCAGAAGGAGGCUGAGUCCGAGGGCAGGAAGAAGGGGAAGUUCAAGACCAUGAAGGUGCUGAAGCUGCUAGGAAAUAAGCGUGACACCAAGAGCAAGUUCCCCGGGGACAAGAGCUAACAUCGAGGGGACUUCCACCACCCCCUGCUGGUACCGCCCUGCCCAGUCUGGUUCUGAUGACUCCAGAUGCUGUGAUGGACCCAAGGAGCAAGCAGGGGCCCGGGUCCAGGGAGCGGCAGCAGCUGGGCACACCUGCUCCUCGUCCUGCCCAGCCCCUGCCGUAACAGGAGCUCCUGGGUCCUUCCCUCUGUGUCAUGUCCGGAUGGGAUUCUUAGCUGUCAGAGUUCUGACUGAGGGUCCUUCCCCCACAGGGUCUGUGCAGGGGUCUCCUGCCUUAGGGCUCUGCUCCCCUCGGCAGGCCGGGCUGUGCUGGCUCUGGUCCCUGUCCUCCUCCCAGGGCAGGGGCCCGAGUCUGUUUCUCCUCACUCAGGAGCUCUAUUUAUGAAGUCCCUAGUUUACUUAGUGACUCUGUCCUCAGACUCGAAUGGACCUGGUGGACGAAACCCUCCCUGUCUCUGGAAAAUCUAGGAGGUGCUUCCUUCCUCUUUCCUUGCUCUGUAGGAACCUCACCAGCGCAGGGCUGUGACGGCCGCACUGGGUGGGUGGGGGCCCUAUGCUGAGUCUCCCAACGACAGUCUCUGGAAGGCAGGCCCCGGUUGCAGUUCUGGUCCCUGAUCGAUGCUUUCCGUAGGUGCUAAUCCUGGUUCUUUAACACACUGUAGUCUGAGCCUCAUUGAGGCUCCCCCUCCCCCCAGGAGGGCAUGGGGGGCCCAUUUCUGUGCGUGGCCAUCCCCAGUCUCCUCACACUUCUCUGUUGUUUGUUCUUUCCUGACUUAUUCUCACCAAAGGACUGACGGCCACUCACCCCACUGGGGGGCGCCGAUGGGAGCAAUGCCUUUUCCCCAGGGACCGUGCCAGCAGCUCCUGGUCGAAACACUGUUGCUAUAAGCUAUUUCUGGGGACCUCUAGGCCCCCUCCCCUCAGCACCCUCUGGGAAAGGUCACACUGUACUAAUCCGUGAGGGUUUUCCUCACUAACCAUAAAUGGAGACAACCUCAAUGCCAGAGCCCUGCAGCGCUCCCAGCCAGGUCUGCCUUCCUCCCUGCCUCCACUGCGGCCAGGGCUCACUGCUGGCCCGGGGCGUGGAGGGCUGUCCGCUGACUGUCCACUGACGGGGCUGUGACCCUCACUGCCUGGUCGGGCAGGGCUCCCUUGCUCUGCAGGGAGAGGUGGCUGCUGCCCCUGGUGGUCUCAUUCCAAAUGUGCCUGUUGACCUGGAGCUGGGGUCACCAGCUCCAGGGUGUUUCAGGGGCCAGGACACACGAACUGGCUGGGUGUCAGGAGACUCGGGUGGUGGGGCCUCGGGGGAAUGGGUGUGUCUGUGCCAUAGCUAAAGGGGGAGGGUCUUCCUUACGUCAACUGUAGCCCUUGGGAAUGUGGUCCAGUGUCGUCAGAUCUUUCCAUUUUUCAAAAGAAACUAGAAAUCUAGAUACUGUGUGUGUGUGUAAUUUGUAAAUGUUGGCAACUAACCGCAAAUUAAACCAAGGGUAGGCUGCAUGCAUCCUAGGGCACUCCAGUUUGCUGCCUCUGGGC